AUGGACGACGAUACGACAGAUGAGGAUAUAGGCUACGGCUUAGACGACGUCGAUGGCACCAGUGUUGCAAUGAGUGACGAAGAGGAACUGCACAGCAAGUCCACAUUCACUUCCAGGGCCUCCGUCCAGCAAUACCCCUUUUCUGCCCCUAAGGCCUUCAGCACAAUCAGCUCCUCCAAGGCCAUUAUGGUCAAGCAGCACAGGUUGAUUUUUUUGCUUCUCACCCUCAAGUUCGCGUACUGCCUUCUCGAUGGACUUGCUGGGAGGUCCUGCCGUGAUCGAGUGCUGCUUUUUGUGUUCCCCUCCAAUUUGAGCCCGCGUCCUAGCUGCUUUUUGGCUUCUUGGAAUGCUUGGUACUCAUCCUGCUGUAUAGGGGGUUUAACAACGAGCUUUGUAACUUCUAUUAUUAGUUCUAUUUACAACAGGGGACGCCGCGCGAUUAGGACUUCGGCGAGGGCGUGCUUCGGUCAUUUACUGGUUCGCGGUGCAGGGUCCUCCUUUAGAUCGGAAUGAAUUGACACAAAGGUAAAAUAGACUAGACAGAGAUAGAAGGAAAUAAAUAUAG